UCAUUCAGUUGCUCCAAAAUGAACAGAUUAUUUGGGCGAGGAAAGCCAAAGGAACCGCCACCGAAUCUCACGGAUGCCAUUUCUAACGUAAGUCGUGGUACAUCGUGGAACACAACAGACCAGAGUAAGUGACUGCAGAUUCCCUUGCAUCUUUCAGUAAACUUUUUUCUGUUACUUAGGUGGACAGUCGAGGGGAGUCUAUAGAGAAAAAGAUUAGUAAACUUGAUGCAGAGCUCAUGAAAUACAAGGAUCAGAUGAAAAAAAUGAGAGAUGGACCCUCAAAGGUUUGUAUCAGGAUACAAGGCAUUUCUUGAGCUUUUAAAAAUAGUGCUGAAAAAUUAUGUCUUUUUGGCCACUAUAAAUUCUGAAAUCCAUGUAUUAUCUCUUGUUAUCUUGUAUUAAAAUACAGUCGUAUCAAGCUGGUGCUUUUAGCAGUAGAAUUAUUGUACCAUUCAGAAGAAGUCUUUUUUUGGUUCAAGAUGGUCGACACUUAAGCCCCGAGGCUCCAGUUAUUCAAAAGGUGUAUAGCGCUGUCCAUAAGGACAAAUUACUAUCCAGUGGAUAAUGCAAUUGGUUUUUGUACUACUUAUCCGCUGGAUAGCAAUUUGUCCAGUGGAUAGCGCUAUCCAACUUUUCAACAGCCAGGGCCAGGAAUACAAUAAUUUCAAGCCAAGUAAAGUUUUCUCAACACAAACAAGGUCAUAUUUUUUUUUUAACCCUGAGAUAACUUUGGUUUAUGUUCCAAGGCAGUUAACAUGGGCUAAUUGCCAGUUGUACAGCGUAGCAUACAGCGCAUGCUAAGCCAACUAGACUUUAAGUGAAAGCAAGGCUGGCAGUGACUUUGCUUUGAUAGAAACCUCAGCGCUAUUUAUAGAUUAAAUUUCCCUUAUUUUUUUCUAAGGAAGAAUGCAAAGCCCCAACAAACUGUAAUCAGAACAUGAAAAAACAAAUUUAUAUAAAUACAUGCAGAUGGAUAACCAGAGGGGCUUAUAGCUGGAAUAAAGUUUCUGUAAACACAAUAGUAAUUGUAAGCCUCCUUCCUGUUUAUAAGCAGAUCUUAUUAUUAGAUUUGCUUAUAAACAGGAAGGAGACAUAUAAGCUGCUGUCUGCAGAAUGGUAAAUGAUGCAGAGUGUAAUAGUAGUUGAUCCUAUGUAUGGUUGCCUGCAGACAUCAAUUUUGUCACACAUUUUCCAUCAAAUCAUCAGUUUUUCAGGCGAAAUUGUCACAUAUUAAGAAUUGUUUGGCAUGGUAAUGCUACCAGUAAGCUCAUCACAACCACAACAAUGACUGAAACUAGAAAAUAACUCUGAGCGUGCAACACACUUUUUGGCAGAUUUAUUUGCAGUCAUUAUCAAACUUAAUUGAGAUGGCAAUGUGAUGUUUGCUCUACUUUCUAAGAUCAUCUCUUCAUCAAUGGCAAUUAUGGGAAUUGUGAUUGAAUGAUGUUGGAAAUACCUUGUAUACAGAGUCUCGUACUUAAUGUCUGUCUGUUUAUUAAUUUUUUUAUCACUCCAAUGUGUUUUUCCUUUCUUUUAGAAUAUGAUCAAGCAAAGAGCAAUGAGAGUUUUGAAACAGAAAAAGCAGUAAGUUACUUAAUGCUAAAUAUUCUAAUAGAAAAUAUUUCUUUUAUAAAAACCAAUGGUACAUGGAGGAAGCCGCCAGCAAUCGAGUUGAUUACACAAAUUAAAGUUACAGCAAAAGCAACAAAAUAAGUGAUCUAUGCAAAAAAUAGUUACAGAGCACUAAGAAAGGCUUGGUGUAAGUCAGCGUGCGAAGAAUGUACUGUCCGAUAGCUUGAGACUAGUGGAUUUUGCUAUCAGGCUAUUGAAUUCGGUUUUUAACUAGCCCAACAAGCAAGUGAAGUUUUUUCAGGAAUUCAAAUUACAUAAAAACUGUGUAAUCAAUCCUGUUCAUCAAAAUGCUUUUGGGGCUAGUUAAAAUGAAUUUUGGGCUAGUUCAUGCUAGCUACAGCUUGCCAGAAUGGCAAGCUGUAAAACGGACUUUCUUUGCACCCUUUGCACCCGUCAGAUCAAUAAGAGCAAUGCAAUAUUACAAAGUAGAAAUGCAGGUUAGAGGUCCAUUUAAAUACAUGUGCAUGUAUAUAAACCUUACAUGUAAGAAAAUGAAAAAAAGCAGCCUUAAGUAAACCGAUUUUGCCAGAGGGUGUGAAAUUCAAAAGGAGUGGGUUAUGAAGGGUUUAAUGCUCCCAAUAACAAACUAAACUUAAAACAAAAUCAACAACUAAAAGCAUUUCACUCUGACCUAAAUCCCAGUGUUGCUACCAGCAAAAGCAUGUGUACAACCAACUGUACACAGACAGAAGAUAAAGUGGACAUACUGUUGUAAUCAGGGGUUUCAAUAAAGUUUUAUGUAGGCAGCUGGUUUGAGUGGAGUAACUAGUCUUUGUCUGACUCCACAAGGUGGAAAAAAAUAACGUUUUAAUACUUUCACUGACUGCCAACCGUGUACAUGUAUACGUUGUAUUGAAAGCACUGAUAAUCACCUGUACAUGUGUGCUACAGUGUAUGUUUAUCCAUGAUGUUUAUACUUGUAAUUCCAUUUCAAAGGUACAGUUGUACAGCUGUAGGUGUAAGAGGAAACGUUUUUGAGACAUUAAACUGAAGACAUUAUGAGUUUGAUGGCUAUGAAAGAAAAAUGCAGCCAGAUUACAGCCACAACUCUUUGUAUAAUGUGGUUACAAACUCGAGAAAGACGUGCAGAGCCAAGUGUGUACAUGUACAUGUAUCAUAGAGGUGUCUGUGUUAUAAAGGUUGGGUCCAUAUGGGGUUUGUUAUCUUUAGCACUAUGAUAACUGUCCAGUUAGAGGGUUGUCAUAAUAAAAAUAGGGAACUAAAGCAAUGAUGAUGACAAAAGCAAUGUCGCUAAAAAAUGAAUUUGCAUCGUUUCAAACUUUAUCGUGUCUAUUUGGACCCGCUCAAUUUGUCAAAUGUUUUUAUUGAUUUUUCCUGGAGUUCAAUUUUUAAGGACUUUAUCCAGGUUCAAAAAGAGAAAGGGAAACAACUAAAUUCUAAGUCUUGUAUGAAAUAUCACAUAAGAGGGUUUCACAUUGUGGUUGUGCAAUGGACAUCCAAAAAAUAAUACUAAAAAGUGUAAAGCACAUGCAGGGUUGUUGUUUUGCUCAUAAAACCAAUUGUGUCUUGACUUUGGCAUUGUUGUUGUUGUGGUUGCUUAAGCAAUAUUAUUAUUAUGAAGGCAUCCAUAAUGAGAGGCUUGACUGUUGUUUGUCUGUAACCCAUGAAAGUUAGUAUGUAAGCUUUUGUUAACCUUCAAUACCUUUCAGGUAUGAAAAUCAACUGGAAAAUCUCCGACAGCAAUCCUUUAACAUGGAGCAGGCAAAUUUUGCAACGCAAACAUUGAAAGAUACGAAAACUACAGUGAGUAUAUUAUUGUUUUUAUACAGAUACAUGUACAGUGUAAUGUUAAAGAACUAGUGUUCAAGAUACACUGUACCCUGGUAAAAAUAUGUCCUGCUCAGGAUCCUAAGUAAGGUUUUGAAUGGAUCUUUACAGAAUCCUAACUUUAGAUCCUGCAAAAUCCUGUCCAAGAUCCUGUUUAAGAUCCUAUAGCAUCCUACAUGUAGUUCGGAUCCUGCAAUAUCAAAACCACAGGAUCCUAACCUGAGUCUUACAAGAUCUGAUGGGAUCCUUUCUCGGACUAACUAGUAUAGGAUCUUAUUUAAUUAAUAGAAUCCUACUCAACUUGAUUAGCUGUAGGGUCCAUUUUAAGACAUACUAUUAUGAUCCUCUUAAGAUCCUUUAAGAUCCUAUCAGGAUCCUAUAUUAUAUGCUAUUGAGUGUUCAUGUAGGUAUAGCUGUACCUGUUAAGGUCCUGUUAAAUCCUAUUAGGAUCCUACAUGUUCAUGUAUAAGGUACAGCUGCACAUGUAUACUACGUAAAAUCCUGCAACAUACAUGUAUGGUACCUUGUGAAAGUACUCCAGAAGAGGUUUCAUUUAGAUGGUCACACAACAGGAUUUCAUCCACAGACUCCAAAGUUAGAACUACAUACUAAAUAAGUAGUACCAUGUGAAAGUACUGCUGAAGAGGUUUCAUUUGAAUGUUAACACCAUAGGAUUUCAUCCACAGACUCAAAAGUUAGAAAAACAUACUAAAUAAAUAGUACCAUGUGAAAGUACUGCUGAAGAGGUUUCAUUUGAAUGGUAACAUCAUAGGAUUUCAUCCACAGACUCAAAAGUUGGAACUACAUACUAAAUAAAUAGCAGUAUGUGAAAGUACAGCUGAAGAGGUUUUGUUUGAAUGGUCACACUAUAAGAUUUCAUCCACAGACUCAAAAGUUAGAACUACAUACUAAAUAAAUAGUACCGUGUGAAAAACGGUGAAAAUACUGCUGAAGAGGUUUCAUCUGAAUGGUAACACCAUAGGAUUUCAUCCACAGACUCAAAAGUUAAAACUACUUACUAAAUUAAUAUUACCAUAUGAAAGUACUGCUAAAGAGGUUUUGUUUGAAUAGUAACACCAUAGGAUUUCAUCCACAGACUCAAAAGUUAAAACUACAUACUAAAUAAAUAGUACCAUGUGAAAGUACUGCUAAAGAGGUUUUGUUUGAAUGGUCACACUAUAGGAUUUCAUCCACAGACUCAAAAGUUAAAAACACAUACAUGUAACAAGGCUUCAUCAUUCUCUCUGGGAUUGAAAGGGUUAAAGAUUAGGUUUCUUACAUGAACUAAAACAAGCAGUGUCAAGUGGCAAGAAAGGCUUAUCUUGACCACUGGUGUAGCCUAUGGGCGCAAUCCAUUCUACCAAAGUUUCCGGAAAUUUCGGUCCAAAACUCAAUGGAUCGGUUUGGUCCAACCGGAAAAGUUUCAAAACAACAGGUCCACCUUUUGAGGUGGACCACUUUUCCCGGUCAGACUGGUCAGAAUUUUGGUUGAAUGGAUUGUGCCCUAUAAGAACACUCACAAAGUCAGCUUAAUGUUGUUUACUAGUUAAUUGUGGCUGAGCAUGACUGUAUCUACUUAUUUUUUAGGUUGAUGCUAUGAAGUUAGGACUAAAAGACAUGAAAAAGGAAUAUAAGAAAGUCAAUCUUGAUGAAAUUGAGGUAUGGCCCUUUUGUUUUCAGUCUUCGUAUUGUUUGCUCAUAUCUACAUUGUACAUUGUAUUUUUAGUCUGCCUUUGUUACAUUAUACACUUACAUGUAAUGUCAGGUAUCAGGGGGAAACAAAAAUAACUGUUUUACCACGGGACCUGACAUUAAGUGUUUUGUUAUACUCUUAAAAGGCUUUCACUUCAAUGGCCACAAAGAAUAUAGAGUGAUUUAAAACAAUGCCAGUUCUUCAGAACACAAAUCUUAUUCUCAAAACUGCAAAUAAAUGAUUUAACAAAGUAAGUGUACUCCUUGUGUUAUCCACAUCUUUUUCCUUCACUAGGUGCUAUAUUUCUUCUUGGAUGGCUUCAAAAAUCAUUGCUUUUUAGCUUGAGGCUCCAUGUUUGUGUUUAUGUGUUUAUUCACAAAAGUGAAAACUAGCUUGGUGUUUUUUUUCCUGCCUCCUGUCAUGCCACUUUUCACCAUGCACUGAUCACAACAUGCUGUGGUAUCCCAGGCAGGUUACAAUAAAUUAUUUUUGCUGAAUUGUAUCACAAUCAGGAUACAUUUGAAUUUAGUCAAGGCCAUUUGACUAAUAGUCAACUGACGACAGUCCCAGUUUAGUUGAGUGAAAGUGUAGAAAUGUAAUAAUACUUGUUAUUCUUGCCUAAAGGACCUUCAAGAUGACAUGGCAGAUAUGCUUGAGAUUGCUAACGAAGUUCAAGAGACUUUAGGCCGGACUUAUGGCAUGCCAGAUGAUCUAGAUGAGGCUGAUCUUGAAGCAGGUACUGUACAUGAAAUGAAAGCCCAUUCACUGCCCAGGUUAACCUAAACUGGGGGGGGGGGGGUACUCCCUACAAUGGCCUAUACAAAGAGGCUCUGCCCAAAAGGGUUACCCUUUUCAGGCUUCAGGCAUAUAAUAGUUAUAGAGGAUAUUACAUGGCCGAGCAGAGAUACAAAAUUCCUCCUUGAGCGCGAAUGAGUGAAAUAUUUUUCAACAUGACAGGAGAAAUUUUGUAUCUCCAAGUGGCCAUGUAGUGUUCUAUUUAUUAUAUAAACACCAAUGAAUGCCAAACCAUUUCACCUGAAUGGUUUUUGCUGCAAAAGGCACGAUUUAUUAUGUAGCCUGCCAUAGCCAUUAUGAUCUUUUCACAUGUGAAAAUAACGUUAUUUUCACGUGUGAAGAUAUGUUUUUGAGCAAAAGCUCACCUGGUAUUUCAUUGGUGUUUAUGUAGAUACUUUAAAAUAGAUUACAUUAUGUAAAAGUAUUAGUGGAGAGCUUUCAUUGCAGGGGAGUUGUUGAAACAAGACCCACCUGGUCAGAAAGAGCACACCAAGCUUUACAAAAUCCUCAAGUUUGGUGUUUAUCAAGCGAAUAAUAAACAAGACACAGCUAUUCAAAAUCUCUAAAAUUUACAAAGAAAUAUACAGCUACAGUCCAGACAACUUUUAAGCUUUUGAAUGGUUGUAUCUCGUUCAAUAUCAAUUUGGCUCAUUUAUCAUCAAACUUGGGUAUUUUUGUAAAUUGCUCCAUAUAAGGUAAUCCAAGACAGUCUUAGAUCCUGAAUUCCAUGCUGAAGAUUCCAGAUCCCAGGUACUGGAUUCCGGAUUUUUUGUCAGUGGAACUUGGAGUCUGGAUUCUACUCAAAAAAUUAGAAGGAUUCUUGAUUCCUUGAGCUGAAUUUCCGAUUCCAAAUCCCUGGUUUCCGGAUUACCUUUCAUGGGGUGAUGUAUGACUUUGUGUGCUCUUUCUGACUAUGAGGUUCUUUUGUUUGACCAGGUCUUAAAAAACUGUUUAAACUCAUUUCUCCUCAGAAUUGGAAGCCCUUGGUGAUGAUCUAGCCCUUGAUGAAGACACUUCAUACUUAGAUGAAGUUCCGGCGCCAUCAGAUACAAUACCAGGGGAGCAAGACUCAUCAGGGACUAAAACACAGGUACACAGCUGCUCACUCCAAUUCCCAGACCAGACCCUGGGAAAAAGGUUGGAAUAGGCCAUUUUCAAGUUCCAAAAACUCUCACGGCCAAAGUGUUGUGAAAAUAAGUUCUUUUGGCAUGAAACAAUAGCUUGGGAAAACUCGGAAAUGGACUAUUAUGCUAAACCUUGGCUCUUCUCCUUGUCCCUAACAGCCUUUCUCAUGUUUUGCUUCAUUCUUUCAGGAUGGGGUGCAAGUCGAUGAAUUUGGUCUUCCAGUGCUAGCAAGAAAUUAAUUAAUGAACACUGUAUUUUAAGAUUUCAUAACCCUUUGCCUUUGAAACUUUUCUGUAAAUCUAUAACAGUAUGAUGUUAUAUAUUUGUAAUUUCCUUUUGUACGUCAGAGUAUUCAGGGAUCAGUGAAAGCAAGCAAAAUUAGCUGCUCAUUGACGUCUGUUGAUAACCAAGUUCAAUUUUGCUCCCAUAGCCUUCAUUACCCUUGUUAAGCGGAACAGUUUGACCAGCCUCUGUUAAUGAGAUGGCACACUAGGCUUAAUGCGAGGUUUACAUAAGGCCAAAGGUUUUGUUUUGUGAUCGUAAUCAAGUCUGGCAUGUUGAUUUUGAGGACAGUGAUGCCAGAAAAACGAUUUCAGUGCCUUCUGAUAAAGCCGUUUCUCUGCUAAAGCUCCCCAGAUCUUUUAAAAUAGCAUUUUAAACCGUAAGAGCAGCAAGUUUCAUGCACCAUUAUUUAGUUGAAGUUUAUAGAGUUCAUGCGGUUUCGUAAACUGCUGAAAACAUAACCAGAAAUGUUUUAGGGAAAAGGUUGUUUCGUUUUAAACUUGAACUGUGUGUCCAUGCGGCUUUGAUCGCUGUAGUUUAUAACACUUGUUUUCGUCUGGAAAAUUUAGGCGCUAAGUGACUUUUUUAACUGCAGGGCCGGGUUGCUCAAAGCUAGGUUAAGAUAACCCAGGGUUAGUGCGGAAUUUGUUGUUCCUAUUAUUUUGUUGC